GCCCAUAUGCAUGUAAAUUACAUUAGCAAUACUCUACAUCUUUUCUUUCCUUCCAACUACUCUGUCUCCCAUUUCCUCAAGUAGGUUGUUCAGAGAUAGCAAUGGACUUUGUGAGCCCAAUAGUGGAUGUUACAUGCCGAUUAUGUGGUUGCAUCGCAAACACUACCAACUAUAUUCAUCAUCUCCAACAUAAUCUCAACUCUUUGAGAAUCGAAAAGGAAAAAUUGAUCGAGCGAAGAAACGAUGUGAAGAGACAAGUUGAAAGUGCCGAGAGACGACAAAUGCACCGAACGGAACAAGUAGAUGGCUGGCUUCGUAGAGUAAACCAGCUGGAGAGGGAAGUGGACCAGAUUCUCCUUCAGGGUGAUGAAGAGAUCCAGAGAAGAUGUCUCAAGAUUUGCCCCGGAAGUUGCUUGUCUAGACACAAGCUCGGGAAGAAAAUAUCUAAGAAGCUACGAGUUGUGGCUGGUCUGAACAGUGAAGGGGAUUUCAGCACAGUGGCUGUAACAUUGGCCCCGCCACAUGCCGAAGAAAUUCCUCUGGACAGGAUUGUGGGCUUGGAUUCGAAUUUUGACGAGGUCUUGAGACUCGUCAGAGAUGAUGAUAAUGGAGUGGGAAUCAUCGGAAUAUAUGGAAUGGCUGGAGUUGGGAAGACGACUCUAUUGAAGAAACUCAACAAUGAGCUUGCGACUCGGUUCAGUGGAGAGUUCGAUGAGGUGAUAUGGGUUGUUGUGUCCAGAGAUGUAAGUAGCGUCGAAAGCGUUCAAGAUAAAAUUGGGAAGAAGCUAGGAUUUCCAGGCACGUGGCGGAGCAAUAAAAGCCAAGAUGAGAAGAAACAAGACAUCUUUAGGUUCUUGCGGGGGAAGAAAUUUGUGCUACUUUUGGAUGACAUAUGGAAGCAGAUUGAUCUUCUCGAAGUGGGAGUUCCAGUACUUUCAUACAAGGCCAAGGUAAUAUUCACCACCAGAUCUGAGGAGGUGUGCGGUCUUAUGGAAGCCAAGAAGAAGAUUAAAGCGGAAUGUUUGGUAUGGGAACAAGCCUGGGAUUUGUUUAAAGAUAAGGUAGGAGAAGAAACCCUUAAUUCUGACCCUGAAAUAAGAAAGCUCGCACAAGAUGUUUGCAAAGAAUGCUCCGGUUUGCCACUGACAUUGAUUACAAUUGGACGAGCCAUGGCUAGCAAGAGAACGCCCCAUGAAUGGGAUUAUGCAGUAAAUGUGUUGAAGAAAUCAACAUUCAAAUUUUCAGGUAUGGGAGAGCAAGUGUUUCCUCUUUUAAAAUUUAGUUAUGAUAACUUAUCUGAUGAAACAACUAAGAUUUGCUUCCUAUAUUGUGCUCUCUACCCAGAAGAUUGGGACAUCUAUGUUCCCGAUCUCAUAAAAUUGUUUAUAGGUGAGGGGUUUUUGGAUGAUGAAUGUGAUAACAUCGAUGAGGCUUGUAAAAUGGCAUAUGAAAUUAUUGGUAGGUUGAAGUGUACAUGCUUGUUGUUGGAGAGCAAAGAAAGCCGUUCUUUUGUGAACAUGCAUGACGUGAUUCGGGACAUGGCAUUUUGGAUAGUUUCAGAGAAUGGAAGGAGGGAGAUGAAAUAUUUUGUGCAAGGAAAUCUUAAUUUGACCAAAGCGCCUCCUAUUUCUAAAUGGGAGAAGGCUGAGCGAGUAUUUUUGUUGAGGAAUUCCAUUGAAGACUUAAACGGAACUCCUAGAUGUCCCAAUCUCUUGACUUUAAAUCUUAGUUGUUCCGAUCACUUGUCUGGUUUUCUUUCUAAUAGUCGUCUAAUGACCAUUUCUGAUAACUUUUUCCAGUUUAUGCCGGUUCUCAAAGUUCUGGACCUGUCAGGAAAUGAAUAUUUAACAAAGUUACCGUCAAGCUUUUUCAGGUUGUUUUCUUUACAACAUCUUGAUCUCUCAUUGACAGGCAUAACAGAGUUGCCAAUUGAGUUUAAGUCGUUGGUAAAGUUGAAAUAUUUGUACAUGAAUGAAAUGCAUAAACUUGAUAUGAUCCCACCACAAGUCAUAUCAAGUCUUUCCAUGUUGCAAAGAGUGGAGAUGAAAGCUAGUGGUGUUUCAAGGGGAUUUGAUGAGGGUAGCAUUUUUUAUGGUGGCAAUGAAUUGUUAUUGGAUGAAUUGGUAAGUUUGAAUCACCUGCAAUAUUUAAGUCUGUCUGUAAAAACUGAGCUGGCACUCCAAAAAUUACUAAGUUCACAGAAGUUACGAAGUUGCACGUUUGGUUUAGGCAUCGAACAUUGCCAAGGCUCACGUUCACUGCAACUGUGUUCUCUACAGAAAAAUAUUAAGAGACUCGAAUUUUUAGAAAUUAAAUUUUGUUAUGAUUUAGAGUUGUUGUCAAUGAGCUGGGAUAUGAUAGAUGGAAGCAGAAGCUUCCAUAACCUCGGGAUAAUCUGGAUCACACACUGCACGGCUUUGAGGGAUCUAACAUGGCUAAUUUGCGCGCCAAACCUUCGAGAGUUGGGAAUUUCUUGCUGUUGUACAAUGGAACAAGUAAUAAAAGAUGAUGAUAUUGGUAGGGAAGGAAGUUUGGGUGUGUUCGUGAGGCUACAAAAAUUGUUUCUAGAUGCACUGCCAAUGUUGAAAAGCAUCUACAGCCAUUCAUUGUCCUUCCCCUCUCUGAUCCACAUUAAAGUGCAUGACUGUCCGAGGCUUAAGAAACUUCCUUUUGACUGCAAUAGCGGCAAAGACACUCUUCGAACAAUUCAGUGUCAAAGAGGGUGGUGGGAUAAGUUGGAGUGGGAAAAUGAAGAAACUCAAUAUGUUUUCUCUCCUCUUUUCAAAGAAGAAUGGUGGUAAUUGUGAGGAAGAGUUGCCUUAUCUCAGUCACAGAAGAAUGGUGAUAAUUUUGAGGAAGAGUUGCCUUAUCUCAGUCAUGAGAAGUCAUCCAACAAACGGCUGGGAGACACAGAAGGGACGCUACUCCCAUGUAUUCUACAAUUUUCCUUCCGUCACAGGAGCAAACUGGAUGAUUUAUUUCAUGGAAAAUAUAUACAUGGAUACACUCUCACACUAUAUGUUACAAAGGAAAUAUAUUAAAGGAAAUCACAAAAGAAAACACACUGGAAACUGAAGGCUGGAUGCUUGAUGGUUCGAGACUUGAUGGCUUCUAAAACUCGAUGAUCUUUUCUUGAGUCAAGAGGCUUCUUUUUAUAGCAGAAGAGAGGGAUGAAUCGGCGGUUGAGCUUGAAGAUGCUGCAUGGAUGGUUGAGAUUCAAGAUGCUUUUGAGAUAAGAUAACAUGAAUUAUUGCUGACCUGUUGACGUCGUCUUCUGGAAAAUUAUAUCUACUUUUGCUGUUGCGAAUCUGCUUUCGGUGGAUCUGUUUUUAACUGUACACUAUUAAGGAUCUACUUUUUCUUGGAUGCUGAAGUUGCCUUUAUCUUUAGACUGUGGAGAAUCUGUUUUUCCUCAAAAUUCGUGCAUAUUAUCCAAAUUUCUAUCAGUUGGGCUAGCUGGUGAGAUAUCUCCUCUGUGCAUGCGGGCCAGAUAUUCAUCAGUGAUGUUUGGUGAGCUAGUUUCUUCGUUUCUGUAGGCCAACUCAAGCUGUUCUAACAACAUCUUUUCUUCAUUUAUUAUAUCUUCAAUUUCUGGGGAUAUCUCAAUCUCUGGAGGAGACUUAAUGACAUGAGGAAUUCUUGCCUUAACAAAAAUUUCCAUAUUGAUAUUAUGAUCGUAGAGUCUGAAACCAGGAUUGUAGCAUGGGUUAAUUUGUCGAUAAGCUUUAUAGUACACCAAAUGGUUAAAGGUAGUAGGGUCAAUUUCAACAUGAAAGUUAUUUGCGAAAUCAACAUGUCGUGUUAGAAGCUUGACUUUAGAUGGAUUAGAAUGAAUGUAAACAUGAUGCUGUCCCAAAAUUAUAGCUCCUUCUUUUAUCCAUUCUGGGGCAGUACUGUGGAUUUGAAGGAGAAUUGGACUUUCUGGCAUGAAAUUUUAGGUAUUAUUCUAAUCGAAAGCAAUGGCUUGGUUUAAACGGUUGGGAAAAUUACACAAAGAGUUUAGAUAUUCUAAGGGCGUAUCCUUGGGUAUAGUGACACUGUAGAUCAUUCCUAAUUCUAACAGUUUACUUAGAUAACAAAUGGUUGUUUUUGUAGAGAAAAAUGGUUUUUCUGGUUACUUCAAAAGGAAUAAAGAAAAUAGGAUCUACAUCUAAUAAGAUUACGGACAUAGGUAUCUAGGUGCCUGUUUGUAUAAAGCGUAGGAAAAAAUAGUUAUAUCGGGUUUCUUUGGGUGGACUGUUAUUUUUGAGGUAGUUCUGGAUAUCAACCCAUUUUUUGAAACCAUCAGACUUAAUCUCUUCAAGGAUAAGGUCUUUGAGAUCAUCAAGGAAGAGCUCAACUUGUUGUCUUAGGAUUUCUCUAUAAGUUGAGGAAAAAAGGGGUAGAAGCUUAGCAUGCUUGGUUUGUACCUGCAAAAAUUGAACUUUCUAAAGAUUUUCAUCGUCAUUAGUUAUUUGUUCGGAAAUGGUUAGUUCUGUGGGGUUUUCUGUUGAUCUUUGAUAGGCUAAAUUCAAUUUUUUGUAAUGAGAUAUAAGAAUCUCAUGCUCCUUUUGUAAAUUCUGAUAUGUUGUAUUAGUUGAUACAAAAUAUUCACUUAAGGUAUUUAAAUUUCUAACGAGGGUUCUAUCGGGGUUGUGUCUAGAAAACCAAAUAUUAUCCAAAAUAAGUUUUUGGUCAGGAAAAAGAUUAUGUCUAGCGCGGAACUGUUGAGCUGGGUUUUGGACAAUUAAAAGAGGAUUAGAAGUACCUAGUAUAAGGCUAUAGCUAUUGUUGCUCUUGAUCUCCAUUCCUGCAAAAUUUAACAAUCGAUUAGUAAACGAGAUAGAAUAUCUGCUAAAUAAUUAUCUUUUCCUCUGACAUGUUCAGAUAUAGGUUUAAAACCUCUUCCAGUAAUACAGUCAAUGAAUGAAAUCCAUCGCUUAGCAGACAUCCGCUGUUGUUUUGCUUUAUUUGCAAAUUUAACUAUAUUAUCACAAUUUGUUCGUAUAAGAAAUUUUUUAUCAAGGAAAAUCUGAAAUUUUUCAAUAGAGUUGGUUACUCCUAGAAUUUCUAGAUCUGUUGAGGGUAAAAUAGAUUGUGCUUUAUUAAAAGUUCCACUAGUGUGGCGACAAAUUUGUUCUUCAUCUCGAGAAGAUUCUUUUGUUGGUCUUUGAAGAAGUAAGCCUGCCCAUCCUUGAGCUGAUGCAUCUGUUUGAAUAAUUUUAUAACUUUUUUCAAGUGGGAGUUGUAAGGGUUCUAACUGAGAGACUAAAGAUUUAAUUUUCUUGACUAACUCUAUAUCUUGGGUAUUGAAAUACUUUUGACCAUAUUUUCCUAAUUUUGAAUAUAAUGGUCUUACUAAUUGUCCUAAUUUGGGAAUAAAAUUAUGACCAUAGUUUAAUAAUCCUAAAAAUGUUUCUAACAACUUGGUUUCUUGUAAUUUAUCAGGAAAGUCUAGAAUCUUUUGACAAUAUGGGAUUGUAAUUCUAUUUUUCCAUCUUUUAUGUAUAAACCUAAUAAUUCAAUAUCUUAUUUUUCUAAUAUCAUCUUUUUACUACUUAUAAUGAGUCCUUGUGUUAUAAAUUCAUUGAAUAUAAUUUCAAGAUGUUUUCUAUGCUUUUCUUUAGUUUGACUGAAGACUAAGAUAUCGUCGAUGUAAACACAACAGAAUUUUGAGUGUUUAUUAAAUAUAGUAUCCAUUUUACGCUGAAAUUCUUGUGGUGCAUUUUUUAAUUCAAAAGGCAUAACAAACCACUCAUAAUGUCCUUCAGGACAUGUGAACGCUAUCCAUUCAAUGGAUUCAUCGGCCAUUCGAAUUUGCCAAAAUCCUGAUUUACAGUCAAAUUUAGAAAAUCAUUUUCUAUCUUGGAUUCGAUUUAUUAAAACAUCUUUAUUAGGAAUUUUAUAACUAUCAACAUAGGUAUUAUCAUUUAAUCUUUUAUAAUUUAUAACCAUACGAGUCUUUCCUUUUUUUUAUUUCUGCAUGAUUUCUAACCAUAAAAGCUGGACUCCUAUGUCUACUAUUACUUUUUCUUAUUACUUUUAGUAAUAACAGUUCUUUAAUUUGUCUUUGGAAUUCUUCUUGAUCGUCUAAGGUAUGAGGAUUAUCUUGUAUCUUUAUAGUUAUAAAAGUAUUUAUUAUAUUUAAUUUUGCUUCAAUUUUAUUUUUAUACCAGUGUUUCUGGGGGUCUUCACCUAAAAUUUCUGUUGUUUCAGCUAAUCUUAUGAGAUUAUCAAUGUUUAGUUUGGGGUUUUUUAAUAUAGUUUUAUUAUUAAGGAAAAUCUGUAGUUCAUCAAGAUGACUAAGAAACAUUAAGGCUUCAGAAACAUCUUCUAAAAAUUCAGAUACAUCAAAUAAAUUUUCAGUCAUUUCUUCUGUCAUAGGUAAGGUAUUAACAUAUGUAAUGGCUCCUUUAUCUUUUUGAGGAAUAUAAGGAUCUCUAGAUGGAAUAAAGGUUCAUUUCUUAAAAAACUGUAAACCCGUAGGGGUAUACAUAAAUCCUUCGGUAAGUGAUUUUAUAAAAUUUAAUCCUAAUAUAAAAUCAUAGGUGCUAGGAAUAUUAUUAACUACAUAAGUCUGGGGUAAAACAAACUUUUCAUUAUUAAUUAAUAUAGGAAUGUUUUGAACACAAUGGGUUAUUGGGAGUUUUUCAUUAUUAUAUUGGCUCAUGUUAACAUUAUAAUUUAACCUUACUAAAGCUUCGUCUGGGAUUAAAUGUUUUCGAAUGAUACUUUUAGAUGCGCCAGUAUCAAGCAUAGCUGAAGUUUGAACUAAUUUUUCUCUAAAUUCUAAUGUCACUGGGAAUUGAAUUAGACUAGAUGGUUUAUAUAUUGAAUUUAUAGAUUCAAUUAAAAUAUCUUCUUGCUUAUCUUCAUAUUUUGUAUAGCAAUUAUGACAUAAUAAAGUUUUAUAAUGAUUUUCACAAUAAUGACCUUUUUUAAUAGAUGUAUUGCACUGUUUACAAUUAUAAGAAGAAAAUUGAAAACUAACUAAGUUAUACUGACAUGAUGGAUUACUUAUAGUGUAAACGAAAUCUUCUAGUGAAUGAAGCCCUUGUUCAAAGUCUUCAUCAUUAUCAAAGUUACUAUAUAAGCUCUCGAUACUAUAUAUACUUUCAUUAUCAUCGUCAGAGUCAUAAAUACUUUCUAGUUCAUAUAAUUCUUCUACCUAUUCUUUAAUAUCUUCAAGUAUGUUGAUCUUUUCUUGUAUCCUUUUAAUAGGAUUUUGUUUGUAUCGAUGAGGGCAAUUUGGUCUAAUGUUUCCUGAAUAUCCACAAAUAAAAUAUUUGCAAUGUCUUUCUUUUGUGGGUAACGUGUUUACCUUAUUAUCCUUGUCUUUGUUGUCCUUUUUAUCUUUAUUUAUCUUUUACUUCUUAUACCAAGGCCGCUUUCUGAAUUGCUUAGGGUUAGUUCUAUCAUAGGGUUUUUUAUUACGAAAAUUCGUGUAAGUUUUGCUUUUACGGAAAUUAUAUUUUUUAGGUUUAUUAUGCUUAUAAUUACAAUUUUUCUUAGGCAUACACCCAUAUUGGGGUGGAAAAUCUAUUUGUCUACACGUAUAAUAAAAUUAUUUUUUGAUUUGUUUAGACUCUUUACGUUGUCAACAUUCUGCUUUUAACAUGUUGUAUACAUGAUUAACUCUAUCUCCUAUGGUUAGAGUAUCGCGUCUAGGGUUUUCCAACCAUUUUUCCCAUAUUUUAGUUCCUACGCUUCUAGGUAACUUCUGAAGGUAUCGAUCAAGUAAUGUUUUAUCACCUGUUUUACUAGUGGCUGCAAAAUACUCAAAAAACUUAUUGGUAUAGGGUUUUAUGUAUCUAAAAUCACAAAUCUAUAGUAAUUCUAAAUUACGUAAAGCUUUGUUUUAUUUUAUUAAGGUGUCAUCUAAUAAACGGUCUUCACCAAUUAAUACCUUUUUAAUGAAACUUGUAAAGCCUUGAAUGGUAAAAUUAUCACGUAAGAUGACAUAAUCAUUUGGAUAAAUUUACCUUAUAAGCUUGCCACCAGUCAUAAAUGGUUCCUCUUAAUAAGGUUUCACAAUAGGUUAAGGCUUGAGUUCUAUUGUCAAAAUUGGUCAAAAUAGAUUGCCUAAUAUAAUCUUGUUCCCAAUUUUCGAUUACCUUUGCCCAGUCUUGGGGAUCGUGUCUUGCUAUGUCUAAUAUUGUUCCUGAUGAUUGUGCUGGUAGAUUCUCAUAUUGUCUACGAUAUUGUGUUAAUGUGUACAUAUCUGGUAUAUUUCUAUUUUCUACAUAAGUUUCUCGUGAGGGAUUUAAUCUUUGUCCCGUAGUAAAGUCAUCACUUAAGGUAUUACUACCUGAGGUGUUAGUCUUUCUUUGGUCACUCAUUUCUUGUUCAAUUAAGUAAGAUUCUGAUGCUUCUGGUGCUUUCCCUUCUCUGUGCUCUAUUACAUUUAAAUCUUUUUUUUACUGUGUUUAAUUCUAAUGUUGUAUAGAAGGAUUCAAAUUCGACACUUAUAAUAUUUUUCUUAAUAUCAUCAUUAUUUCCUUGUCCUAAAUAAAUAUUCUCGAUAAGUUGGUAUUUAGGUUUUGGAUACUUGUCUUGCAAUGCAUUUAAUUCUAAAUUAUUAAAAUCGUACAUUAUUUUAUCUACAAUUUCAUCUUCUAAUCUAUCAUAAAGGACAUUUAUUUCUUCUGGAGAUUCGAUCUUUAUUAGUGUAGUUAAAAAGUCUUCUUGAGUAUCAUCAACUAAAUUGUCUUGUCUUUUAUAAUUACUAAACCUUAUGCUAGCAUCUCCGCUAUUUGAAACAUAUAUUAUAUUAUUUUCGGGAAUCUUUUUAGGUGUAGUAGUAAGUUUAGGUAAUUUUUAUUUUGUUCCUUCAUCGGUAAUACUGCUUACUUUUCUGGCUUCUAUCAUUUGGACAUAUUUGCUACUAAAAGGUUUAACUAUUUCACUAAAUUGGGCUUUAAACUUUAAGUUAUACUGAUUAACUGCCUUUCCCAUAAAUAAAGUAUUAACUAAUAGAUUUUCAAAUUGUCCUGUCAUAUUAUAUCCUUUUGUAGAUAUAGCUAUUUUAAUAUGUUUACUAAAUUCUCUAGUAGUCAUCGUAUAAUUGGGAAUACAUCCUACUAUUGCGGCAUUGUCGGCUAAGUCUAUUUCGGCGCUGGCUAUCUGAGCUUGUUGAUGGUUAUUCCAUCGAUCAUCAUAAAUAUAAGCAAGUGCUCUAGUUCCGGUUUCUGCUCUAUUUAAUUUUACUAAUCCUAUCAUUAUGACGCCUCAAUGCAUUAGUUCUAAAUUAUUAUCAUUUAGUUCUUGGCAUGCUUCGGGUGUUAUAAGGUCUAAAAUUACUUGAUUGUUAACUGCACUUAUUUUUCUUUGGCUAAAAUGAUUAUAUAUCUUGCUCUGAAAAUCUAAUAAAUUAUUAGAAUAAAGAUUAAUUUUAUUUUUUACCUUCUUCAUUCCUUGUUCUAGAUAUUUUUUAGCAUCAUAUUCAUUAUCAUAUAAAUCUUCUAAUCUCAUUAUUUCUUUGGCU